AUGGGUAGAGCUCUCUUGGGUUUAGGCGUCAUCGUUUCUUGUGAUGGCUGUUUGAUGAUAACGACCUCUUCUUUGCCGGCAGGAGGUAAGGCUAAUUGGUUGAACAUGAGCACGGCUAUCUCUCUCUCUUCCUCCGUAUUAGCUGCUCUUCAUGAUAAUUUCUGCUGUACCAUCUACCUCCAGUUUCCUGAAAGGCCAGUCACGGUGAAAAGAGAAGUGAUGGCUGUGAUAGAGACGCUGAAGAAGAAAGAGGAGGAGCCAACCCCAAUACAAGAAGUUGGAGAAAACUCUGGAACCGCAUGUGAAGAAAACAACUCUGAAGAAGGAGAAGAACCGCAGAUGGUUGUGUCUGAAGAUGAGCCACCCACUAACUGA